CCUGGUUGCAGUCCCGGUACAAGGUCGGAGGUCAACGGCGAAGUGCAAGCAUCGGACACUGAUUGCAUGUCACGACUCGACAGACGCUGCGAGUCCGGGGGAGGGCCAAGAGGUACCGGACACGGCUGUGGGCACGAGGGCUCUACUGGCCCCAGAGCCUCCGCUCGUCAGCCUGCCGGUACAAGGGACAGCGACGGAACUCCGCUCAUACGGCUCCUGGUGCUCGGAGGGCAUGGCGUUGGGAAAUCAGCUGUGACUGUGCGAUAUUUAACGCGGAGGUUUAUAGGUGAAUACAAAUCACAAGUAGACAUCAUCUACAGACAAACUCUGGAAGUAGACGGAAUAAAAAUUGACCUUGAAAUUAUCGACAUUUCUUCAAGGCCGGGAGACGACACACUUCCGACCCUCGAGAUCUGCCAGUGUGACUGCUACCUGAUCGUCUACAGCGUCGCUGACCGACGGACGUUUGUCACAGCCAAUCAGCUGCUUCACGCCAUCUUCAAGCUCCGGCCGAACAUGCCUUUUCCAACAAUAACUCUCUUGGGAAACAAAAAAGACUUAGAACAUUCGAGACAGAUUUAA